AUGAUUCGUUACAACGAAGAGGCGCAACUAACCGCCGCUAAAGCGGGUCUGGAGGCUCCUAAGGCGUCCAGAGGGCCGGCGUGCCCGGUGUUUGAGUUUGGGUUUGAGCGGUUCCCUGGGAUUGGGUCAUGCUGGGAGGCGGGGAUUGCGGAUGAGAAACGGGCAGCGACGCGGCCGCCUGUGAACUGCAAGGGCGUGGACCCGACGUGCAUUCAGAAGAAUGAUCUGCUGCCGCAUAACAAGUGGUCUGCUCAGGUGCUCGUGCUACGCAAUGUGUACAUAAACGUGGUGGGUCAGGUGUUCAACGCCACCCACCUGUUUGAUCACAACGCGUGUGCAGGCAAUCCCAACAUCACCGUCACCCUCCCCUUCCGCUACACCGCCAACCGUACGCGCGUCACGCGCUUCAAAGAGCUCGUCUCCCUCGUCGACUGGUUCGCCUGGUCCACGCGCGCCAUGCUGCUCGACCUCAUACCGCUCUUCAUCUCUCUGCAACGCAUUCUGCCGGCGAUGAGGGGCGUGCCGGUGGCGGUGGGGCACAGGCGGCCGCAUGUGCGGAAUGGAUUGGAGCAGCUGUGCUCACUGGGAGCGGUGGAUGUGCUGGGAGUGCAGGUGGAUAAAAUGAAUGUGCAUGUGGUGAAGUCAAAAGACCUGUUCUUCGCUGAAAAGCUUGUCAUUCCACUGCAUCAGCGGUGUGGGGAGCCCAGCCGCUCCCUUUGGCACUAUCUGCGAAUGAGGCACCUGCUGCCGCCCGGGGGGCUGCCCAUCUUUAAUGCUGACUGGACGUCCAGGUUCAAAGGAUCAACCACCCCAGCGUACACACCCCAUGCCUAUGCCCCGGGCAGCAACUGGGUGGUGCUGCUGGGGUGGAAGGAGCAGCGCGCGUCGCUCCUGCAGAGCCUCAAGCUGCACGAGCACCUCACACGCCUCUUCCCCCCCGAGCGGGUCGUCAUCUACCGGGAAGGCUCCAUCUCGCUUCCGCGCCGAAAAGACCUGCUCAACCGCGCGUUGCUCAUGGUAUCAGUGCACGAUAAUAUCCUUGCCGAUAUUGUCUUCAUGCCGCCCGGAUCCGCCGUGCUGGAGAUUCGCCCGGUGGAGAAUCCAGAUGUGAUUUUCCACCAGCUGGCGGAUAUCUGCGAGAUUGAGUAUUAUUUGGCGUUUUGUGAGGGGGGGAAGGCGGUGGGGAGUGCGGCGGGUGGGUGGGCUGGGAAGUCUGUGGAGGGGAAUUUGGUCGCUAAAGAUCCCAAGGGGGUGCAGAAGAUUUUGACGGAUAUUUCCAGGAAGGUGUUUGUGCGAGCGAAUGCCAUGAGACGGAAAGGAGGCUAG